CUCUCUCUCUCUCUCUCUCUCUCUCUCUCCAAAACCUCUCUUGCUUUCUUCGUCUCUGAAACAUCACACAAGAGAACCAAAAACCACAUUGUCUCCAUCGGAAACCCUAGGAGAGAUGAUCAUCGAACGCGUUGUGACUGUGGAGUAUCUCGAGACAACAAUGACGGAGGCGUUGCUCCGUAAAUUCCCAGAUAACUCUGCUUUCGAUUUUGACUAUACGCAGAGCGGGAUCUGGUCUCCGUUGGUUCCUCGAGGACAGUGUCUGGUUUCUGGUUCUUCCAUUGAAAUUCGAAGGAAACUUUCAGAUGGGUUUGAGAAAAUAGCUCACGAAAAGAUCAAGAAAGUGAGUUCUAAGAUUAAGAAAAAGAUGGUGUCUGCCAAGAAGAAGGUGGGUUCUGAUUUUUCUACUAAUACCUUGAAGGGUUCUACACCAAGAAAGGGAUGGGCUAAGGUGUUGAGAGCUGCCUCCAAACGUUUCAAGAAGCAGAAGGACUCUUCUACGGAGAUAAAGCUGUCAAAUUACUUAAGAAACGGAAGCCAUUCUGUACUUUGAUCUGUUUAUAGUUCACAAUAUGAGCUGAACUCUCAAUAUGACUGAUGUUGUACCCUUUUUCCUUUUUUAACUAAACAAGUAGUCAUUUUUUUUGGCUUAUAA